GCAACCCCCAUCAGCCCCAGCCCCGGUGAUCGGUGGCCAUGGAUGAGGGGAGCUGUAGUUCAGCAACAGCUGGAGGUGGCAGGUUCUCCGUUCCUCGAGUCUUUUAGGUCAUUUGGACUGCGGGUCCAGCUCCCCGAGCCAGCCAUGAUGGCUGGGAGGGGGCUGUAGGCUGGAGAACACCCGACUGGGCCUCACACACUUUGAGCACCGUCGGGAGGUUAUGGGCUGGAUCUCCUUACCUUUAUAUUCAGCCUUUUCUUACGAUUGGAAAGAAUCCUCUAAUCCACAUCUGUGCUUUGUGAACACAGAAUUAGGGCGGUGUUGAAGUGGCAUUGCCCCGUUCCAUCCGAGCUAUGUCUGUUGGCUGUGCUCUCGCCCGAGCACACUUCCUCUUUCGCCAGCACCUCCUGACCCUCCUGGACCACCCGCAUUGCACCAUCCACGCUUCCUGCGCUGCAUUUGCUGGGCACAACAAAUGGUCCAAGGUAAAACAUGUGAAGGGUCCUAAAGAUGCUACCCGGGCCAUUCUUUUCCAAAAGCUCACCAUGCUGCUCCGACUGGCUGUGAAAGAAGGAGGCCCUGACCCUCACCUGAACUCUAAUUUAGCCAACGUUAUUGAGCAGUGUCGGAGCAGGAAUAUGCCCAGGUCUUCCAUUGAAGCAGCGAUCAAUCGUAAGGACAAAGCCAAAUCCUUCUACCAUCUCUAUGAAGCACGAGGCCCUGGAGGCUCCUCCCUACUUAUUGAAAUAUUGACGGACAACAAAAACAGAACCUUGCAAGAAAUCCAACAUCUUCUGAAGAAACAUGGAGGCCUCCUUGCCAAUGGAGCUCGGCACAAUUUUGAGAAGAAGGGGGUUGUUGCAGUGAGUGGGGAGGACAAGACUGGAAACCUUGUCGUCAUGGACGAGGCCAUCAGGCUGGCUAUUGAAGCGGGAGCUGAAGAUGUCCAGGAAGAAGAAGAUGAGGAUGAGAAGGCGAUGCUGAAGUUUAUUUGUGCCGUGCCCACUUUGCAUGAGGUCCGUGAAAAACUGGAGUCUGUAGGCCUUUGUUGCCAAUCCGCUGGCCUCGAGUUCAUCCCUACCAUCAGCGCUCAGCUAUCAGAUCAGGAGAUGGAGCAGGCAGCGAAGCUGUUGAAAGCACUACAGGAAUGUGUGGAUGUUGUUCGAGUGUCUGACAAUAUUGCCUAGGCAAAUCGGCCUACCUCUGGAGGACAUUGCACUCCUUGAAUGGGUGCUGCCAAAGACGUGCCAGCUGAGUUCCGAUACGCUUUUUGCUUGACCUUGCAAGGAUGUGGAAGCUGGGGUGCCCUUUCUAACAGCAGAGGUUGGCCACUGUGGCUAAAGGUCACCAAUGUUUCCACUUGAGCAUUGUGAGAACGGUACCCAUGCCGUACCACCUUAUCAAUGAACCAGUGUUGUUGCAGAAAUAACACUUAAUUGAGGAUAUUCCUGAGCCAAUAGAGAUAUCAGUUAUUAAAUGUUUCAUUAUCCCAUAUAUUUGACUUGAUAACAAAAUUGGCCAGUAGAGUAUCGGCCUGUAGAUGUAACUUUAGUAAAAGCAGAGCAUUCAACUUUUCUGCUUCCCCCAGGGGUUGCCAUUCUCCAUAGAAUCCACAGGAUAUUUCCAGUAAGCCAUAAAAGACUGAAAUUGGUGAAAUAGACUUAUGCCUGUAUGUGCUUUGGUUCAUGCUGAAAGUGUUUCUUAGUAGAAGCCAUGAUAGCCGUC